AUGAUAACGUGGACCAAUCAGUACUUAGAUGAACUUGAAGGUGAAGAUGUUGGAUGUGGAGGUACUGGGCUGGUGUGGUUACACGUGGUCUGCGGUUGUGACAAAUGUUGGAUGUUCUGCCAAAUUCUCUUAAACGCCUUUGGAGAUGGCUUAUGUGAUAUUUCAAAAGACUCUUUGGUAAAACAUCUGGAGAAGUUAGAAUGCCAUUUUACGUGGAUGUUGAAGAAAGAAGAUUGUGAUAUUGAUGAUGUAGUAGAACGGAUUCGUGAUCAAAUCACAUUUGAUCCACCUAUCUAUAAACAUAGAAAUUAUAAUCUGUUGGCGUAUGUGAAAUAUCUUACAGGGGAAUUCAGUGAAGUAGUUUCUCACCUGCAAAAAGCAGAAGAACAUGUCAAUGAAAGUCAGUUUGAUAAUAAGGAUGCCAAAAAGAUAGUGAUCUAUGCUAAUUUUGCGUGGUUUUACCUCCAUACAAAUCAACUUGAAGAUGCUCUCUCUUAUGCAGAAAAAGUAGACGAGAUUCAGAACAAAUAUCAGUCCUCUGAAAACCAAAGUAUCCUAUUUGUUGAGAUAUACGGUGAACAAGCCUGGUCUUUAUUAGGUUUCUGUGGACAAUACUGUGAAAGGGCUGUAGAAUGCUUUAAACAAGCACUUAUAUUUGGCCCAGAAGAACCUGAUUUAAACUCUGGCCAUGCCAUGGCAGAAUGGCGUUUACUAAGUUACAAUCGACAGUCACCCCAAACUGAAGACCAUACAAUUUUAAAACUGUUGGGACGAGCUGUGAAAUUAAACCCAAAAGAUGUUAAGGCCAAAGUUAUGCUUGGUUUGGCAUAUCAAGCAUUGAAAGAAUCUGAAAAAGCACGUAAAUUCAUUGAGGAAGCCCUGGAACAAGAACCAAAUGGUUCUGUUGAACUAACAGAUAUUGCCAAAUUUUAUAGAAGAGAGAGAAAAUAUGAUGAAGCUAUUGAACAUCUGAAAAAAGUUAUUGAGCUAAAACCAAAAUCUUGUAAUGCUCACUUCCAGAUAGGCCUUUGCUACCGAAAUAAGGCAAAUCCACAUUAUUACCCAACCAAUACAAAGAGAGUGGAAGAUAUCCAGAGUGCUCUGGCUCAUUUUGAACAGGCAACUGAAUUGAAGAAAUCAUUUGUGGUUGCAUAUAUUCACGUAGCGGAAAUGUAUGUGUGGUGCAGCAAAUUUAAAAAAGCAGAAGAGGUUUUCUAUAAAGUGUUAAACAUGGAAAAUCUCACCGAGGAAGAAAAGCAGGAAAUUCAUUUCAAGUAUGGACUUUGUGAGGAACAAUACAUGAAAAAUCAGGAUGAAGCCAUUAGGCAUUACAAAGAGGUAAUAAAUAUUCAAAAACCAACAUUCAUAAGAGAGAACGCCUUGAACAAAUUAGAACACCUGGAAAAGAGAAGAUAUCAACAAUACUGA